AUGCAUCCAACCCUCACCACCCUAACCCUCCUCGCCACCGCCCUCAGCUACGCAACAGCCCAAGUUGCCCCCAACACGCAAUCCUGCGUCGCAACCGACCACGGCGCCUUCGCCUCCUACGGCGUCAACAUCGGCAUCACCUGGGCAGACGGCGCCGGCUGCGACAGCGUCUACAACGAGCUGAGCGGCAACACGGCCAACGGCAUCACCAACUGGCAGUGCGAGGCGGACGCCAACGGGAAUACGCAGUUGUAUUUUAAUGCGCCGGUGGAUGAGGGUGGGGAUUUGAAUUCGGCGUUGGAGAAUCAGUAUCCGACUGUGGAGGGGGGGGUUUAA